ACAGCCUGCCGACAGCUGGUUAGUCUGACUGUUUCUCCCCUUUUUACUCCCUACAAAGUACCUUUUCUCACAGGUUCACAGAAAUUAAAUAACUUUUACCGCGACUACCCAAGUUAUUCGAGACAAAAAUACAAAGACUACCAAAUUGCUUUAAUGACAAAGCAGCAGUGUGAAGGAAAAUGUGUGCUGCCGUGUAUGUCCUGUCGACAGUAACGGGCUACGUGCUCACCUCUGCCCUGCUGCUGAAAUGCCCGAGUCUUCUGCAUCGGAGGAAGCGAGAGACUUUCAUCAGCAGACACAUUUCCCACCGUGGAGGGGCAGGUGAAAACCUGGAAAACACCAUGGCAGCCUUCAAGCAUGCUGUGGAUCUCGGCACAGACAUGUUGGAGUUGGACUGUCAACUGACAAAGGAUGAACAGGUGGUGGUUUCACAUGAUGCCAACUUGAAGAGGGCGACUGGAAUCAAUGCCCAAAUCUCUGAUUUCACUUAUGCUGAGCUGCCUCCAUACCUCUGCAAGCUGGGUGUAACUUUUCAGAGGGAGUGUUUCUGUGAGGGAGGAGAGGACAAGCGCAUUCCUCUCCUCAGGGACGUUUUUGAAGCCUUUCCCGAAACACCAGUCAACGUUGACAUCAAGGUCAACAACGACACGCUCAUCAAAAAGAUCUCUGAGCUGGUUGUUCAGUACAACAGAGAACAUCUGACUGUGUGGGGAAACGCCAGCAACCAGAUUGUCAAGAAGUGUUAUAAAGAGAACCCUCGAAUUCCAGUGUUCUUCAGCUUAUCCAGAGUAUUGCAGCUGCUGGGCCUCUUCUACACUGGCCUCCUGCCAUUUGUUCCCCUUAAGGAGCAGUUCCUAGAGAUUCCUCUGCCCUCCAUCAUUACCAAAUUAAAAGAUCCAAACAGAUUAACUCAGAGUCAGAGAUUCGUCACCUGGCUGGCAGACACUUUGCUGAUGAGGAAAACUCUCUUUAAGCAUCUCACUGCCAGGGGGAUACAGGUGUACAUAUGGGUGCUGAAUGACGAGGAGGACUUCCAGAGGGCGUUUGAGUUGGGAGCCACAGGAGUUAUGACUGAUUUUCCCACCCGGCUUAAAGACUUCAUGGACAGGAAUGAUAUUUCUAAGCCCCAGUGACCUGCUGAAAUCUAACUUGCCCCAUUCUGUACACACACACACACACACACCGCACACACAUGCACUUCAAACUGACCUGUCAAAAUAGCCUCCCAUGACACACAUGCACACUUUCCCUGCAUGCAUUCCAGCAGCGUUACCACUUUCACACUGUGUUUUAUUUAAUGUUGUACUGUUAAUGCACUCUCUUGUAUUUUCUGUCACAUAGAAUACACAGAGGAGAACACGUGAUGUCAUAUCUGCUGUUGAGGUCCAGUUGUGGUCCUUGCACAUUAUUUAUUCCCUCACCACUACAAAAUGCACAUUUCCUCUUUUUAAAGUUAUCUAUUGAAUAGGACAACAUGGCCAUUGAAAUAUGCCAUUUGCCAGUCUUGACAUCCAUGACAUUUUACUGAAAAGUUGUCUUUGUUUUACUGAUGUAAAACGAUUUUAUUUAAGCUUUUCUACGGCCUUCAAGUAAGUGACAGUUUGCAGUAUUUCUACGUUGCAUAUUGUGCUUGUAAAAACACCAGCAGAUGCAGCUUCAUGACGAACUGUAAUGUUGAUUUGACAGUUUUUCACAAUCUGAUCACAUUCUGUCACAUGCUGAUCUUAGCCAUCGUGAGAUAUUUUAAGCAUGGACACACAUUUCAUCCAGAUGUAUUUAUACAGUAUGCACCAGAUGCAAACAAAAAGGUGACAUUAAUACCUGGGUGUUAACGCACAAGUCCUCAGCUCCAGUGAGUUUUAGUAUCACAUUUACAGUAUGUUUGAACUGUUGAUUGUUCUGUAAAGAAACAGUUCUUUGUUUUUGUAAAGACAAUGGGUUGUAUGUUUGUAACUGAGUGUUAUUGAGUACCACAAGACAUUUCUGUCAGUCAAAUGGAAUCAAAUGUAUCACUUAAUUGUUAAUUGAUGUAUCUGAGACGGACAUUUUGCACAAAUUAAAGAACUUCAUCGUUACUACAUAUGUAUACCUCUUCCACAUGUGUGUAAUAUGACGAUUGACAAAACUAUAUCUCAGAAACAUCAAUGGAUGGGCUUUAAAGUGCACUGACGAGGUACGCUAGUCAUGUAAAACUAGAAACAGUGAUUUAAUACAGCACUGUGAGUUCAUCUGUGCAAAUACAGAGUUUCACACAUGUGAGCAUGCAGUGAGGGUCGGUAAAUGAAUGUAGUAUUGUCUGAAUGUACUGUGUUGUUCGGUAUUUUACUGUCAAAUCAUUAUUUCGGUGGUUCUUUUUUUUCUCUUUAUUGUCUCAAAAUUCUGCUCUGCUGAAAAAAAGAGCAAAGGUUUCAGUGAAAGUUGUGAUCUGCCAAAUUGUGUUGCAGAUCUUAUGUAAAUAAACGGAACUUUGUAUUUGUUUUGCAUAUUUGAAUGAAUAUCUGACACACUGUUGAAUAUGUUAUGAGUUUGAACCAUAGGCAAUAUCUAAAGACUACAAUCUCACAUGGUAUAUGGUAGAAAUGAUUACAAUUUGCCAAUAUUAAUAAAAACAUUUAAAAAUGAAA